CCUUCUCUCCCUUCUUCCUCUCCUCUAUCCCUUACUCCUCUCUCUCACUCUUCCGGUCUUCCCUGGGCAGGCUAGCCGGCGCGGCGCGGCGGGACGGGGUGGGGCGAGGGCAGCAGCGGCCAACGCGGCGGCGGUGGCGGCCGGCGACGAGCGGCAUGGGAGAAGGAGAGGCGGUGGCUCUUCCUACCACCAUCAACGGCACCAUCCACUCCCUCCUCGAUAAGAAAGAGCCACACGAGGCCAACGGGCGCGAGACGGGAGAGGAGAUCCGGCGGCCGACGACGUGGUGGCCGGCGAGACCGACGCUAGCGCCGCCUGAGCUCCUCCAGUGCCGCCCAAGCCCAACAACGGCAGCUCUUUCCCAGCCGCCGCCUUCCAGAUGUCGCCACUGCGAUCUUCCCAGAAGACGUCGUCGCCGCCUUCGUGGGAGUCUCUGGCGACCACGCACUCACCGUGUCGGCGAACGCCGAUUCCGGCAGGAUGCAAAGCUUGGGACCUCGCCGGCGUUUAGCAAGACGGAGGUAGUGGUCGAUGAAGGCGUCGGAGGAGAGCGCGGCGGCCCAGGCACGGGAGAGACUGCAGCAGCGGAGCACCAACCUGAGCGGGAUGCGCGCGCCUCGCUCGCCUCCGACGAGGCCGAUGCCAUGGCAGACUGUGCUGAGGAGGCUAUGGGGCGACCAGGCCGCGGUGGAGGAGCAAUCCUCCCGUGUCGUCGUAGCCACCUCCUCCCCAGCCGUCGGCCGGCUUGCCCAGAGAACAGAGAAGAGAAGACUGUGAUAGAGAGAGGAGGAAGGGAGAGAGAUGACGUGACAGCCUGACAUGUGGGGUUCACGUGGGUCCUAUGCUGACUCAGCAACCACAUAGGAUAAAAUCGAGAUCAAAACCACCAAAGAACAUUGUCGGAGAUAUGGGCCCGGGGGUAUGCGAGGUGAGGGGAAUCUACCUUCCCAUCCUGCCACGUGUCCCUACAACCUGGUCCUACCCCCGCAUUCCGCGAAUCGCAGGAGCGGCCGGGGGAGGGGACCUCGGGGUGCCACGUCAUGCCCCUCGGGCCCUUGCACCGCUUUGCCCCGAGGCCCUCGCCCAGCCGCCAUUUGGUAGGGGUAGCAAGCGAGGAGGGGGCCCAGGCUGAACCUCCUUUAAUGCGCGCAGCGCCCCAACUGCCCCCUGUCGCAUUUAAUGCAGUGGGGCAGACGUGCGGCGAGCCCGACUGGCGCGCGAUGGUCAAGAAUGACCAAUCUAUGACCGGCCUGACGCCGGUCACGUCUGACUGGACAGACAACCGUGCUCCCACGUCGCAUCUGCUUCUGGCGGAGUGGAAGUAGGUAUGACCCGUCCCAUCGGAGGGUCAUUCAGAGGGCGGCCACCACAAGUCUUCACCCAUUAAUGAGGGAUUGACAUGGCUGUCCCUCGUGUCAGGCGAGGGACGGCGCUGGGCCCCGCUUAAGGACAAGCUGUGGUUUAGCUUCCAGGCGAAGGCUCGGGUCGAGUUCCGGUCAAGGUAGGGCGGGUCCCCACCCGAGAGAAGAGUAGGUAGAGGUGGUGCAUGUAGUAUCUCCUUGAGGUAUAAAAGGAGGAUUUUGCCCACCGAGGAAGGGGACGACUCUCAGAAAACCUGAACUCGAGGAGGAGGGAAGUAAGAGCGUUCUCCGGAGUUUAGGAACCUUUGUAACUCUCAGUCUAAAUCCCAUACACAGGAGUAGGGUAUUACACUUCAUAGCGGCCCGAACCUGUAUAAUUUCGUUGUGUGCGAGCUAGCUAGUAGCCUUCGGGACGGAUACGCGAUUUCCAAAGGCGAGCUUCUUCCCCCGGCCGAACUCACGAAAGGGGGGUCUCACGAUCCCCCGCUAGAGAGGAUCACUCCUUGACAAAUAUAUUGUGACCGGUUUGGAUUAGUUAAGUGACACCAGAUAUAUGGUUUUAUGGUUCGAGGACGAUUUUGUAACUCAUGACAAGUUGAGAUACCUUCGAUGGAGUACUUUAUUUUCCUUUCAGUUUCCACCCGAGCCAAACUCUCGCUCCAACGGAAAAUGCCGUCUGCUCUUCCUCCUCGCCACACCCAAGCUCCCGCGCCGCCGGCCGCCGCCUCCGCCUCCGCCUGCCUCCUCCGCCGCCGGCGCGGCCGACUCCGUGUCAGCCUCUGUUACUGCAGAGCCUCCACGGAGCCUCUCGUGUUCGCCUCCCCGAGCUCUCCGUCGCUCCUCCGCUCCUCCGUUGCCGUCCCCGUCCCCUCCUCCCCGCGCCACGCAAAUCGGGGGCCGGGAGACGGCGGCGGCCUCCUGGUAGUCACCGUCGCUGCGUCCGCGGUUGUUCUUUCUGCAUGCUUUGUAUUCCUUUCAGCAAUGCGCUCCAUGUUGGAAUGCAAGAAGGCAGCAGAAUCUCUUGAGAAGUCCUUCGGUUCAGCAAGAGAGAAGCUUCCUGAAACCAUGGCUUCAGUGAAACUAGUUGGAAGGGAGAUCUGUGACUUGGCUGUGGAUCUCAGUAAUCUAAGUCAAGAAUUGAGGAAGGGCGUCCAAAGUUCCAUGAGCGUUGUUCAUGCAGCCGAUGCUCAACUGCACCAACUGACGACCUCUGCCCCACAAGGAAAUCAGAGGGUGACUAGUAAUCGAAAGAGAGCAGCAGGAGAGCCUUUGCUCGCUAGUACCGUGAGAGAACUCCGUGAGUUAAUUGCAGAAUUACACUCAGGAUUUGGAGUAGCCGUCAGCAUCGCGGGCCUUUUAACGUGGGCAUCAAAUUUUGUUUCUAAGCGUCCUAAGAAUCGCUCAUAGCGAGACACAGAAAGUAGAUAGAGGUCAUGAGGGCUUCUGGCCGGUGUAAGUGAUACUGAAUCAUUUUGCUUGAAGUUAGAUCAUGAUCAUUUAUCCUGGGUUCAUGAAUUAUGAUGAGUUCAUGGAUUAUGAAGAUUGGCUUUCAAAUGAAAAUGGUUAAUUUGAAGAGA